AACUUUGACUUCCGGGUUCGUUUUUAAAGACAAAAUGGCGGCGUCCCUACAGAACAUCGUGAGGGCGGCUUGUCGCGUCUCUCCUGCUGUUUUACAAAGAAUUCAUCGAGCUCAGAAUGGAGUCAGGGUCGUGUUUGUGACUCCAGUCCGGCGACAGGUCUUUAAUUCUGCUCGACUGGCCUGUGAAGGACUGAGUGUUCAGGCUGUAGAGACACAUUCUCGUUAUAAAGACACACCGUGGGAAUACCUGGAGAGUGAAGAGUACAUUGAGCGCUACGGAUCCAGACCUGUUUGGACUGACUACAGAAGGAACCAUAAGGGUGGUAUUCCUCCUCAAAAGACCAGGAAGACCUGCAUACGAGGAGACAAGAUCUGCGGGAACCCCUGUCCGAUAUGUCGUGAUCCGAAUAUCAUCAUCCACUAUCAGAAUGUUAACCUGCUGCAGCAGUUUAUAAGCCCCCACACUGGAAUGGUGUACGAUCCUACUCGGACUGGGGUAUGCAUGAAGCAACAGAAACUACUUAACAAGGCAAUCGAAACUGCAAGAGACCAUGGUUUGAUUCCAACUCACUUACCCUUAGUGGACUAUUCUGGAGAGGACUUCUCCAAUUCCCACGGUGCAGUGGGGCGUACACCUCUGCCGCAUGCUUACACCCAUGGUGAACCUUGGUACGCGUGGUACGGCGACAUAGAGCCAGAUGAACGGGAGCUGGCCCGAGUAAAGAAGAUCUACAAACCUUACCUGAAGUAGAAAUUUCUUCACGGAUUUAACCUGGUCGUGGACUGUCCAUACAAAGCACAGAGAUAUGUGUUGUUGAAACUGUAAUAUUUAAAUUAAACAGUAAUCUGAAAUUGA